AUGAACGGUAUUUUUGCUAUCGAGAAGCCAACUGGAAUAACUUCAAACCAGUUUAUGUUGAAAUUGCAGCAUGUCUUAAACAAUAGUCAAAUAUUUUCCAAAGAGAUCGCCAGAGCUACCGCCGAGAGAAUGCAACAAUAUAGAAAGGAAACUGGUAAGGCACCAAGCAAAAGGAAAUUACGUAAAGUUUCGAAAGUAAAGAUGGGGCAUGGUGGUACAUUAGACCCACUUGCCUCUGGGGUCCUUAUUAUUGGUAUUGGUUCUGGAACCAAAAAAUUGGCUAAUUACCUUUCUGGGACAGUGAAAGUUUAUGAAAGUGAGGCGCUGUUUGGGGUAUCCACAACAUCUGGGGACGUUGAAGGAGAGAUAUUAUCUCAAAACUCGACAAAACACUUGGAUAUGGAUGAAUUGCUGAGCUUAAAAGAUAAAUUUGUUGGUUCUUUAAAACAAACUCCACCUAUUUACGCAGCCUUGAAAAUGAAUGGGAAACCAUUGCACGAGUAUGCUAGAGAGGGGAAGCCUUUGCCCAGAGCCAUUGAGCCUAGACAGGUAACUAUCUAUGAUCUCGAUAUUUUCCCAGACUCCUUAAGUCGCGAUCACCAUUAUCCGUUGCUAAGACCAGUUACAGAUGAUGCCAUUGACACGGUAUCACACUUGAAUGCCAAUUUAUUGAAAGAUACACUAUAUUUCUCUAAAGAAUAUUGUACUAAGAUGGGUUUGGCCUCAGAAGAAGCUAAUAUUGGAGAUCCAAUUCCCUUGACAGAAGAGGAGAGGGCUGAAAUUGACGAAAAGAAGGAUGAAUAUCGUGCACCAUUGCUACAUUUCAAGGCGAAAGUGUCCAGUGGAACGUACAUUCGUUCAUUAAUCAGUGACAUGGGGAAAGCUAUGCGAAGCUCAAGUUAUAUGGUAAAGUUGAUCCGUUUACAGCAACAGGAUUGGUCAUUGGAAAGAAAUAAUGUGUUUAAGAUGGAAGAUUUUACUGAAAAGGAUGAGAAAGUAUGGAGUGCUGUUUUGAAAGAAGUGUUGGAAAAGGGUUCUUCCGUUGAUAUUAAACAAGAGAUGGAAAAGGCCCUGACAGAAUGGGAAAAAGAACAAGAGUCGAUAAGAAACAAACUCGAGGAAGAUUUACCAAAGCAGAAUGAGGAAAUAUCAAAGGAAAAAGAAGAAAUUGAGUUUAAUGUUGACAAUGAGAAGAAGAGAAGCAUUGAUGAAGUUUAA